UCCUCCUGCAGUGAUAAAGUUCCUAACAGCCUAUCUGCAAAUAUAUUGUCUGUAGUACAAGCUAGGAUGUCCUACACAUUCAGUAAAGUUCUUAUAAAGUUUGUCUUACCCCACUACCUCUAAACAAGACUGAAGGAAACAGAGCAAAAAUGGAAAUAAAAAAAAAAUCAGUUUCAACUACGUCAAUAGACAUGUUAAAGUUAAACCACCGAGACCGCAAUGCUGCGUGUUUACAGCAAAGGAAAGGGGAAGGAAGUAGUGUACAUCAGAUGCAGAAAAUAUGAUGACAACUACAAUGCAGUCCAACCUGACUCCUAAGUAGGACAGUCACCCAGUGUUAUUUCAGGCUUUUCUUACAGUUGUCAACAGGAUUACUUCACAAUGACAGACACCACCAACAGUACUCAUUUCACGUGUGAAGUGAACAAAGACUUGGAACCUUUCACCUAUGUUUAUUGGUUGAUAUUUAUGGUUGGAUUUUUUGGAAGUUGCUUUGCAUUGUGGGCAUUCAUUUGGAGAGACAACAACCAGAAAUGUUUAAGUAUCUACCUCAUUAACCUACUAAUAGCCGAUUUUCUGCUGACAUUGGCCUUACCAUUUAAGAUAGUCGUAGACAGGGGAUCUGCAUCUUGGAAAUUGAGGAUCUUCCACUGUCAGGUAACAGCUUGUAUCAUUUACAUCAAUAUGUACCUUUCAAUUAUAUUCUUGGGAUUUGUCAGUAUGGACCGCUGUCUACAGACUAUACAGAGCGCUAAACUGUACCAAAUACAGAAACGAGGAUUUGCAAAAAUGUUGUCGACAGUAGUUUGGGCUCUCGUACUGUCCAUCAUGUUACCAAACAUGUUGAUACCUAUAAAAGACAUCCCAGAGAGGGAAACUGUUGGGUGCAUUGACUUUAAAACGGAGGUCGGAAGAAAUUGGCACGUACUCAGCAACUUCAUCAGUAUUGCUAUAUUUCUGAACUGCUCUGCUAUUAUUUUGAUCUCCAAUUGCAUUACUAUUAAGAAACUUUACAGCAAUAAGGAUGGUGAAGAAGCUAACAACAUCAAAGCAGCGUUGAUAAAGAUCUUUUUGGUAACAGCAGGAUAUAUCGUAUGUUUCCUUCCAUACCACAUUGUUCGAAUCCCAUACACUUUGAGUCAAAAUGAUGUGAUCACAGACUGCAGCCUAAAGCAAGUGCUCUUCCAUGCAAAGGAGUCAACCUUUUUGCUCUCAGUGUCAAAUCUUUGCUUUGACCCUAUUGUGUAUUACUGCUUUUCAAAUAACUUCAGGUCUAAAAUAAGCAAAACGUUUUCCUUAAAGAGACAGGAAAGAGUUGUGAUUGAGAGAGAGACUGCUAUUGAGACAGCUGGGUAGAAAAAUGACAUAAGGCUGGGUUCAGACCUGAGCGUUCGGGAUGGAGCGCUCUUUAUGCGCGAUUGUAUGCGCGUUUUCAAUCGCGGCUCCGGAACAAGCGAACGCCCAUUGUCGCGCGUUCCCGCUGAAG